AGUACUGCUGAAUAAGGCAAAGAUAAUGGAUUACCUCACCCUCAUGCGAGAUCCCGCCGGCAACAGAUGACCUGUAGGGAAUAGAGUUGAGGCCCCGGAUUCGGGCCCAACCUUAAAAGCUGUCACUCUCUAUUGAUUUCGCCCACUUCCAGGUACACACGCCAACCGCGUAGCUCGAGGCCAGACACCACUCCACAACCAUUCCACACCCGCCCGGCAUUGGACAUGUCAGCUCAGCUGCGACCGCUCAUGCUUUAGGGAAGCGUGCGUCGACGCUCGCACGAGCCAGACUCCAUGGCCGACCUCCACAACACCCCAAUUGUCAUCGACAACGGCAGCGGCACCAUCAGAGCAGGCUACGCCGGCGAGGACUUGCCGAAAUGCUUCUUUCCCUCCUUUGUCGGCAAGCCGAAGCAUCUGAAGGUGCUAGCUGGGGGGUUGGAAGGGGAGACGUUCAUUGGCAAUCGCGCACAAGAGCAUCGGGGUUUGUUGAAGAUUCGAUAUCCCCUGGAACAUGGCAUUGUCACCAACUGGGAUGAUAUGGAGAAGAUUUGGCAGUACAUCUACACGGACGAGCUCAAGACAUUGAGCGAAGAGCAUCCCGUACUUCUCACCGAAGCACCACUCAAUCCUCGCGCAAAUCGAGACACAGCUGCACAGAUCCUCUUCGAAACCUUCAAUGUCCCCGCGCUCUACACAUCCAUCCAGGCCGUCUUGUCGCUCUAUGCCUCGGGAAGAACCACGGGCGUGGUGCUGGACUCUGGAGAUGGUGUGUCGCAUGCCGUACCCGUAUACGAAGGCUUCGCCAUCCCCAGCAGUAUCAGAAGGAUUGAUGUUGCGGGAAGAGAUGUCACGGAACACCUGCAGACCCUUCUCCGGAAAGGCGGUUCCGUGUUUCACACAAGCGCAGAAAAGGAAAUCGUGAAACAGAUCAAGGAAAAGACUUCAUACGUCGCUCUAGAUCCCAAGAAAGAAGAGAAGGACUGGACGGGGGCAAGUGCGCGGGGUAUGGAAAACAAAGUCACCACCUACGACCUUCCCGACGGCCAAAAGCUGAGGAUUGGCGCCGAGCGCUUCCGAGCUCCCGAGAUUCUCUUCGAUCCCGAGCUCAUUGGUUUGGAAUGGCCUGGACUGCACCAGAUCGUGGUCGACUCAAUCAGUCGCACCGACAUGGACCUGCGCAAGUCGCUGUUUGGCAACAUUGUGCUGUCCGGCGGCUCCACCAUGAUCAAGGGCUUUGGAGAUCGACUGUUGUACGAGGUGCAGCGACUCGCGGUUAAGGACAUGCGAAUCAAGAUUUUUGCCCCGCCAGAGCGACUGUACAGCACUUGGAUUGGGGGGAGCAUCUUGGCGGGACUGAGCACGUUCCGCAAGAUGUACGUGACGAUUGACGAUUGGCACGAGAGUAAGUUUGGGCAGUCAAGGAUUUGGCAAGUGUUUGUGUGGAGAUUCGGCAUCAGCUGACGUCCGUUCCAGAUCCUGAUAUCAUCCAUCAGAAAUUUGCGUGAUGCAUCGGUUCGAUUGCAGACGUAGACACGUCGCAAAACAAGUUGCAGGUUGUGUCCACGGGGAACGUGCAGGUUCGCGUCACGAUGAUGAGCGCAAGGUGCGAUUAUGAGGAGCCCGAAAUGGGUUGCGGGUAGCAGCGGGCCAAGAAUCGCCGCAAGCACGUCCCAGCGAUCGGCGGGAUAGAGAUGAAACGAACCACAGCGAUGAAUAACCCACCACGUUGGUGUCGUAAUGGAUGACAACCAAUGCA